GCUUUAGCUUGGCACAGAAACCCUUUGGAGCAACCUAUGUCUGGAGCAGCAUUAUCAAUGUUCUUCAAACUCAAGUGGAAGUGAAAAAGCGUCGCCAGAACCUGAAGUGCUACCAUGACUGUUUCAUUGGGUCAGAUGCAGUGGAUGUUGUCUUUGCCCAUCUCCUACAGAACAAGUACUUUGGGGACGUGGAUAUCUCCCGAGCUAAGAUAGUUCGUGUCUGCCAGGCACUGAUGGAUUACAAAGUGUUUGAGGCUGUUUCAACCAGGGUCUUUGGCAAAGACAAACGCUCUGUGUUUGAGGACAGCAGCAGCAGCCUCUACAGAUUCACAAACACCUCCAGCCAAACAGAACUUGAUAAGGAUUACCAGCAAAGAUAUGAGAAGAGCAUGUUCCACUCUCCUCCUGUCAAACCAGAAAGCUUGGAGGACCUCUGGGAGAACCUGAGCCUAAAGCCUGCGAGUUCCCCACAAAUGAACAUCUCAGACAGUUUGUCCCGUCGAGUUAUUAAUGAAGUGUGGCAAGAACAAACAAUUGCUCGUCUGCUGCAGCUGGUUGACCUUCCACUCCUGGAGUCUUUACUUGAGCACCAAGAGAUCAGACCUCAGCUUCCUCCCCCCAGGAACGGACCUGGGUAUGUCAUCACCAGUAACUACCUGGACAGAGAGAUUCUCAAGGCUUUCAGUGACUCACAGACUGAUGAAUGGCUCUCAGCAGCAAUAGAUUGCUUGGAGUAUCUUCCAGAUCACAUGGUGGUAGAUAUUAGCAGGAACUUGCCUGAUCAGCCAGAGAAAGCAGAUACAUGGAAACUGCUGCUGUUUGAAAACAUUGGUAGAUACUACAGCCAGAAAAAGGAGCCACUGCUGAGCCAUGCAUCUGAAAUUCAUCUGGGAAUUGCAGAACUCUUGGUGAAUGGGAAGAUGGAGCAAUCUUUAGAAGCUCUUCAGCUCUAUUUGAAACUUCUGGACAGCCAAGUCAGGGAGGAGUUCAGAAGACUCCUGUAUUUCAUGGCUGUUGCAGCACAUAAUUCUGAGCUCAAACUACAGAAGGAGAGUGACAACAGGAUGGUUGUGAAAAGAACCUUCUCUAAAGCUAUUAUCAACAAUAAAAACUUAUCCAGAGGGAAAACUGACCUCCUGAUACUGUUCCUUGUGGACAACCAGAGAGAUGUUUUAAAGAUCCCAGGGGCACUGCAUAAAAUGGUCAGCAAUAAGCUGCUGGCUUUGCAGAAAGGCCAAGAUCCCAACAAGAUAACAGGCUAUACCUUCUGCCAAAAACUUGAUGAAAGAGAGUAUCGCUCCAACACAGAGAAGACCACAAAAGAUGAGCUGUUCUCUCUGUUGAAAGCUAUUGAUGAAGAUUCAAAGCUCUCUGACAAAGAGAGAAAGAGGCUGCUAGGUCAGUUUCAUAGUAGUAAUCCAAGUAUUUUUAUGCAGUAUUUUGGAGACAGAGUUACUGAUCUGUGUGUGUGACUUCAAAUAUAGAUUCCUUUGUAUACCCUGGCAUUGAAAACACUAAUAUAUUUGUAAAUCUUUUUGUAUUCAUAUAUCUGUCUAAUAAAAUUAUUUUGUGGAAAUGAAGGGAAUUUAUGC